GACAAGCCUUAAAAAUUCCCCUUUGGUUGGAUUCAGCUGAGGGAAACAAGUGUUGUAAAGGAAGUGGGCUUAAAAGGUUGAUGAAACAGGUCUGUCUUAGUUUUUAGUAGUUUUCACUGCGCGCCGGGCAAUAAGCAAUGUUUUGGCAGCGGCCUUUUUAGCUGGUUUAAAAUUUUACUAUUUGAAUUUGUGAAGCCCACGUGCCUUGUCAACUGCCUUGAAAAACUUGUCCUCAGGUCGAGAAAGAAAUAUUAGUUAUAAAAACAUAAACAGACAGUGUCUGUGUCGGGGAGGUAUAAUCAAAAAUAGUUUUGGUAAUGCCAUUAAUGAGAGUAACUUCCUAUGAAAAAAAAAAAAAUUACCGACUCAGCUGCCGACUAACAUCCUCUCUUUAUUUGAAGCCACUUGCAAAUUACUUCUUUCACAACGCUUGCAAGGAAGGUGGAGGACGUCUACAGAUCUUUCACGCAGUCAGGCCCUGUCAAGCUACACUGAAGUAUUAAAAAAAGGAGUAUUUAUAGCCGCGUUUGCCUUGGUAGGACGCCAUGAUUUCAGCCAUUGCGGAUACAUGUUCUGUUCGUUUGGACAAAACUAACAAAAAAGUGUACAGAUUCCGUGCUUUAGUAUUUCAUCAAGGUAAGCCGUUACUGUACACUGACAUCAGUCAAUGUAGCCUGCGUAGCAAGCGCUUGGAAGUAGUGGGCGCAAGGAAGAACGAGCACGAGAGAGGUAGACACGUUCCAUGUUUCUUGGGCCUGCUGCUACGCAUGUUACAGUCAAUGUCGUUUACGUUUUUCCGGUUGCUCAACUCGACUAAACGCUUUUCAGUCGAGUUGCGAAACCGGAUUCAGUAUGGAUUGAAAGCGAAAGCCUAGGGAGAGAACAGAGCGAAACAGAGAACGGCAUAGAAACCAGUAAGGUUUAAAAGGCACAAAUUUAGGAACAGAGGAGUGUUUUAGACUGGAGCGGGAUUCCUCAUCGUAAAAAACCUCAAGUUACCGGAUAAAUCAAGACUGUACACGUAAAAGCCGUGGACAGCUUGACAGUUUUCAAGGAAUUUAGCAGCCAUAAACUUAAUUAGAACCUACGACAGUCAAGAACGCAUUUAAAUUAGCUCCCUAUUUUCGAGGUCCUACGAUGUUUUCACGGAUCUCAUAUUUUUUCUUUUUUUAAGGCUAAACGAACGCUCAACUCGUGCCACAGAGGUUACGGUUUUACACUUCCGGUUAGAGCACCUUGUCGCAUUUUUAGUGAGAUACAAAAAUUGUACUCUCUCGAUUUGUUCAGUUUAUAACUUUAUUAAUCCCUUUUGGACAAGUUGUAAAAUUGUGCCAAAGUUUCAACAGCACAGUAUGAGUAAAAUGUUUAAAAAAGUCAAUAUCUACUACUACAAACGUCAGCUUUUUCAAAAGAUGGUUGAUAUCGAGGACAAAAGCCUGAAAGGAUUUACAGCUUAUGCUUGCUUUGUGAUAAGGGAUACAUCAGUUAAACUAAUCUGUCUAAAAACGUGAAAGAUGCCGGCCAUCUAUGAAAAAUUUCAAAGAUAGCUGGUUUGUUUAAUGAAUUGUUUACGAUAUCAGAAAAUUGAUGAGAAAAAGAAAAAGAAAGAAGGCCCAAGGAUUUAAUAUAUUUUAAAAGAGGUGAGGUAAACACAGCUGACUCAAACUUAGAAAGGAGUAGGAUUGCCCAAUAUAAAUUUAAACCUACUGAUUAUUUACGGCAGCCAGAACCACCCCCUCUGAUAUUGACUAUCAGCUGAGCUGGCCUAUUUCAAUGCAUUGUUUUCGUUUGUUAUUUUAUUCAUUAGAAAACAGAAGAUCUGAUACCAGGAUUCAAAAUAUAUAAUUCAGAAGGAUGCCCCUGGUUACAAAAAAUUGAAAAUGUUCAGAGCUUUCGACGGAAAACAUCCAGGAAGUUAGGAAAAUUCGGUUUUUAUACUAAAUUUUUCGCUUUUUGCCUAUGGGGCUUAAACAAAACUCAAACUGCUUUUUUAAAAUUUCAUCAACAGUUUUUGUGAUGAUCACGUUUCGUUUGCAUAGCUAAAAUCUAUUUUUAAGGCGUUCUAAUUUCCCCGGUGGGGCAGGGGUGGGGGUACUCCCUUAUAUGGCCUAUACGGGGAUGUGCCGCUGGACAUGGUAUGGUUUUUGUCCUCUCAGUCCUAGACAGGGUACCUUAUUUAAUUUCGCCCUAGUGUGUCUUAAAGCAGGGUGUAUUAUUUCGUGCGUGCUGUCCCAACUAUAAACAGGGUAUUAGCUGUAUGACUGACUUGACUUGCUUCAUGAAGUUUGUUUGUACACCUGUCCAAGUCCAGGGGUCCAAGUAUACAAAAGCAACAACUAUAACGUGAAUUCGCUCUAUUUUAAUUGCAAAGACGGCGGGUAUUUUGUCCUUCGACUUCGACAGGGUAAUCAAGUUGAGGUUGUUUUUUUCUAAACAGUUUCAGGGUUUCGAAGCUUCAGCGGCUCACCUUUACCCAAAUACUGGUCGAGAACCCCCCCGGUCUAAUUUACUGUUAUCGGUGAGCUCAAACACAACUUUUAAGUUCUGCAUGCUGAGUUGGUCAUAAUCUAACGGACCAAAAGGCGGCGUUUUCCUUUUGAUUAGUGAUUCUAGAAGAUAAAUGAAGCAAUAAACAGCUGUCUUUAACAUCAGGAAAUUUAAUUGAUUUCAUCCCCAGCCAUUUAAACAUACAAGUGAUAAGCGCACUUUAAUAUUGCAUUAUUUUGGCACCUAUUGCAUAACCUGACCAAUAAAGUUACCAACAUCUUCACUUCGUUCACUAUGAAAAUACCGGAUGCAAUAUUUUCUUCGAACAAUAUUAGAGAGUUUUUAAAGCUUCACGUAUACCGCAAAGGGCAAACGUCAGAUUCAAGUUGAGAAUUUCUCAAAAUAGAAAAUAAGCAGAUAAAAAUAGCUCAGAAAAUUCUUUGGGUAAAAAAUUGCGUGAAACUACUAAUUUAUGUUUAGAAAUAAUGAACAGUAGGCGAUAAGCAAAGGGAAACCUUGGUCACAUGGUACAAAUUUUGACGUAAACGUGAGGAGAAUGCUGAAAAAAAUUACGGUGCGAGCAGUCUCUUAUUUUUCUGACUUUUCUUUUCAAAGUUACUGCACGCGAAAUCUAAGUGCGCGAGCCGCGAGAAAUGAGGGCGUAAGCCCGAGAAGAAAAAAAUAAGAGACUGUUGACUCAUUUGUCUACCAUUAAGCCCCAAUUAAGCCGACACCCUCGAUAAUGGUUUAGAAGCAUCUUGAAUGUUCAUGAAUGAAUGUUCUUUGUUGUCACAUCACAAAGAUGACGUAGCCUGCGUUGCAGCCAGGCAAGGCAUCGGCCAAGCCAUUGGUAUAGUCCAUUAACUAGUAUUGCUGGUUUGCACAUGACGUCACGGCCGCCAUGUUGGUGGUCAAAAGCAUUUCUCUCCUCCGAAAAAACUGAACUCUAUUUUUAUGUAAAAUUCUUCGAGAAAAAAUUAUAUUGUGUUGAUCUCCGACAUGGCCACCUCAUUACGUGGUUGCAAACCAAGAAUAGUCUAUACAAGAGGUUUAAAGUGUCUCCAACGAAGGCUGCGGUGACGAAGGUCACUUUUUCACCAGUUUAUAAGUAUAGAUUUUGAGUGGCUUUAGCGAUGAAAAAAAAGUCCAUUGAGUCUUUUUUCUCUCGUUGAAUCGAGGAAUAACGAGUCAGGUUUUAUCUUUGCUAUAGGAAAACUUAAAGUCCUAACAAAUAUUUCUGUUUUUCCACUAGAUGCUGAAGGAAAUAACAAGGAGGCAUAUCUGAAGCGGGAAAAUAGCAUCAAAGCUGAUGCUCCUCAGGCGCGUGUGAAAAGGUAAUUCGGUAGGCGAAAAUCAAAAGUAAAAAAAAGACAAACAAACAGAAAAGAGAACGAAGAAAAGAAAGAAAGGGGUGGGUGUUUCAUAUGCCACGGCGGUAAUUUGUAUUGAGAUAUUUUCGGAUGAAGACAAUGGCCAAUUAGUCUGCGAGCAUGCUCUCAAUUUGGGGAAUUCGAGAGAAGUCACGCGCGGUGAGCGGCACGCGUAGAAAUAUAUGGAGACUCUUUCUCUCGUUUCGCUACACAGACGAAUGGAGAGCUUGCUAGCAGGCAAGAAUUGUCGCAGGCUAAUGGUCAAUACAUAUCGAGAUUAGUCUUACGUGAUCCGCGUUCAAAGCUUUAAAUUUGUAAUUGCCUACUGGGUGAUUUUGAUAAUAAUUAUACCCCGCGGGUAACUGAGGAAACCAACUUAGGAAACCAAACUUGAGGCUGUAUAUUUUAGCUAUUAGUCAGCCGUUGUCAGUUGUUAAAAAAAACUCUAGUCAAACGAUGCUUGAUUAAAUAUCCCAGCAGCCCUUUGCAGCCCCUCCUUUAGCGAGUCUAGAAGAGAGACCUGGGCCCGUCCUUUAGGCCAAACUGGGGCUAUAUUUACCGGAUAGCACUUGCGCCUAGAAAUCAGAUUAAUUUCCAGGUCACGCCCCCUUAUCUUAGGGUCUGGAUGAGUGGGCUCCCACUUACUUGGAAUUAUUAUAAGUUCCUGGGAAAUUGCCCACCUACCCCUCCCCUAAGCCAGCAUUUUGCUUUAGUGAGAAGUAAGUGUUGAUGUUGGCUUAGAGGAGGGGUAGGUGGGCUGAAUCCACCACUGGUUUUACUAAGAUUUGACCCACCAUAAAAAGUCUCCGAAGAAAUCUUAAAAUACCGAAAGGAAUAUAAGAAGACCCCGAUGGACAAUCGAAUGAACGCGUUUAUAACUUAUGAUUUUUGAAUUUCGUGUUUCAGGGGAAUACUAUCCCGUCAACCAAAGACAGAAUGGAAAUGCGCAUACAAUGAACUACUAAAUGAAAGAAAGAAAGAAGAUAUUUUAGCCAGUCCCUUACGAAAACGAUCCAAAACAUCUCUGGAUGCUUCAAGUGACUGCGACACUUUGAGGAAAGAACGACAAAAAGUGCGGUUCAAAGAAUCAGAAACUUUGGAUUCGGAGGCGGAAACAUGUCCGACUUGUCUUCAAAUUAUCGCAAAAGACACAAAGGAUUACGACAGCCUCAUGGAUAAGUCUGUAAGUACUUUCUGUAUCGACGAUUCUUCUGGCCUGUGGCUGGCAUAGAGUUGUCCCAAGCCUCUGUUUCAAAGCAAGACUACUGCGAAGCUAUUGAUAUGGAAAUGAUUUUUAUUCUAACGCAAAAAAAAAACUCAUUUUCACAAGAGAAGUUUUGCAAUUAGUUACCCUCGUUUUGAAAGUGAGAAUUUUUGGAACUCGGAUACUCGGAUAUGGCUCCGCGCCAGUUGUUAAGGACGCUAAAAACUCUUCUUCUUCUUUUUUUAGACGUUCGAAAAUCCUAGGAGAGGUAAGCAAGCAAGAAUUUUACAAAAAAUGUUCCGAAAAUUCUAGAUCUCAAAUCGUCUUCCGAACAGAUAUUUUCGGAAAAUUGACGUUGGGUGCUCCUGAUCUGACCAAUUGAUUCAUUUCUAUAUGCUCCCUGGCGUGAUUGAGAGCCGAAAUUCCCUAAUGCUACAAUCUAUGGAUGAAUCUAUUACAAUCUAAUCUUAACUUGGGUGCUGUCUCCAGAAUUAGAUUGCAGGAAAAUGCACGUAAAUUUGACACAUUGAGCGAGUUUUAUUAGUGAGGUUUUUGCUGUCGUCACGGGCGUCCGUUGUUGCUGAAACACCAAGCCCAUAAAAAACAGACGACAGGCUCUGGGGAUGGAAAUAAAGUCUGGACGCUUCCGGCAGAUAAACUCUACAGCCUUUAAUACUUCAGUGCAAUUUGGUGCAUAAUUCAAUUCUAUUAUUCAUUCUAUCUCCUUUCUCAUCAGAAAGAAGAGCUAGUUACAAUGAUCAUAAACCUCAACAUCAGUCGGCAGAACCGAAAUAUAAGAAGGAGGAAAAAUGGAUACAGUCCGACAGACAACGAUAUCGCUCAAUUGUAAGCAAUAUUUACUCUUACCCUCUCAAUAAUUAUAGCCUUUCUUAGGCUCUCUGUUAGCUGGGACGAGCAAAAUAAGCGAGGGUCUGGAAAAAGCUUAUAGGUGGUACAGGCAUUAAGUACAGGCAGUACUAACCACUGUAUCUUUCCCAUGGUGCCCCGCGCUCUUUUUUUCCGCGCGAUGGUGCCGCCUGGGAACAUGGUACAGACUGCACUACCGGUGCAGUUAGUAAUCGCAGUAAUUAAUAUCGAGUGUGGUAAGACCCUCAAAAUUUGCAAGAGGGAAACACAAGAUCUUCUCGGUAUGAGUUAAUCUAAAGAGAGUGACUUUCGAAGAUUCGAAAUAUUAUCUUCUCUUGCUGGAUUAUUAAAGCAGUUUAACGUUAACGGCAACACCAGUAAGCUUUUCGUAUGGCAUUGUCAGUGGACCAUGUCUUCCCGCACUUUGCGUAAGAGUUUCUUCGUCUUUUAGCCAAAGUCACUUUCAGAUAUUUCGUCCUUGGCAUUUUAUCUAGCCUGCGUAUCAAACGUUUCCGCGCGAGUUCGUCGAGAAAGUGGGGUUGAGAGUACUCUUUUCUGCUUCCUCACCCUCUUCGAUCUUCCAUUUCUUUUGCUCUUGCUCCAACGUUGGCGUAAUAACUCGAUUGGGAACGUUUGCUCCAUAGGCUACAUGUUAUCUUGUCUCAUGUGGACAGAAAACGACCAUUUCCUAUUCAGUCAUAAAGGACAACCUGUGAAGUGCUUUGUAUCGUCCCUUCUUGUCACCAGAGCCUCGUCGCCAGGGUCUUAUGGCUGCUCAUGACUCGACAGAAGCUCCGCAACUGCGUUCCCAGGGUCCUCUCCUACUUGUGCUCCGGAGCGAGAGAAGGAAAGAGUGGGUAGGACGAGUAGGAGAGGACCCUGGGAACGAGGUUAGAAGUUCCGGGUUUUCCUUAGUCAUGCACAGAGAGAAGAGCUCUGGUGGCGCGAAUGCGUAAAGUCUAACUAGCCUCCUGGCGUCCCUUUUUAAGGAGUCUUUAAGUAAAACAACAACGGCAACGCACGCGCAAGCAUUCGGAGUUACGAAUUAUGAAUUACAAUUGACUAUAUAUUCUACUGACUCUGUUGGCAGAAAGCAACUGGACAUUAGCAAUACAGAACAAUCGCCAAGUACUAAAACGAAGCCAACAAGAGCAAGACGGAAACUGGGAAGAAGUUGCAGGCUGACAUCGAUAUAGACAAAGGGAUUCCGGAAGUUCGGAAGUUAAUUGAGAUGUGAAAGAACCCUGAGGAAGAGUGACAUCAAACACUUCAGAGGGCAGAGGUUGAUCAUUGUGUGACCAAUUGUGUAUACAAUAAAUUUUCUAAGCCCUCUAAGUAUUUAAUCUUUAGCUUUGUCUCUUUUUUGGUUGCCGUCACGUGGGCUCGAUCUGCGCCGCUGUCUCCGGUCCCCCCCUGAGAAGAGACGGGGAGGAGGGCGGGCUCGUUUCCUGAACAGCGGCUGGAAAUCCCGCCAAAUUCCAACCUCCAGUUUCAUUUGUUUUUCCCAGCACGAGACUCCCUCGUUUCAGGGUCCAUUGCUUCUGUUGUUUACUGUUUUCUCAUCCAAUCCGGUUAGCUGUUCCGAGAGCUUUCGGCCGGCCUUUUCUUGAAGUUGUUAAAUUGCGAUACGUGGUACAUCUACAAUGGGCGGAUAUUUGAAGAUUAUUUAAUUUCUAACUGAAAGAACAAAAUGAACAUGCUUUGUAUAUAGUUGCAAUGUUUAAUAAUAAUAAUAAUAAAAAAAUGACAGAAAAAGGAAUUAAUUUAUUAACCACCUUCAGAAGGGUGUGUCUAGUUAACACUCUGUGCAGGUGUAAAGAGGAAUAAUAAAAUAUGAAAACCAACGUUUUUGUGCUAGAG